AUGAGUCGCGACGGACAGGAGGACACCUGCAUCCUCGUCACCGGUGCGAAUAGCGGCCUCGGGUUCUCAAUAUGCUGCCGACUCGCCGAUGAAUUCGUCUCCUCCCACCCGGACCCUUUGCACACCCUCACUGUAGUUUUCACUACGCGGAGCGCGCGCAAAGCCCAAGAUACCCAAAAACGGCUAGAAGCGCACCUCCGCGCAUCAGCACUGUCCCCCUCUGCCGCUGCGCGAGUGCAAUUCGUCCCCGAGAAUGUCGACCUGGGCGACCUGGUCUCCGUGCGGGAACUUUCCCGGCGACUGGUGCGAACUCUGCCCAAGCUCGACGCCAUUGUCCUAAAUGCCGGCAUAGGCGGCUGGUCCGGGAUUAACUGGCCACGUGCCAUAUGGGGCGUGUGCACCAAUCUCCUUCAGGAGGUUACCUGGCCUACGUUCAAGGUUGCUCCCACCGGCGUGGUGACAGACAAGCAAACAGAGAAGGAGGACGAGCCGCCGCUCGGCGCGGUCUUUUGCGCUAAUGUGUUCGGACACUACAUGCUCGCGCACAAUGUCGCGUCGCUGCUGAAACGAGGAUCCAAUGGGCCCGGCCGAGUUGUGUGGGUGUCUAGCAUUGAGGCAACCACCAAAGCCUUCGACGCCGAGGAUAUCCAGGGUCUGCGGUCUGCGAAGCCAUAUGAGUCCUCCAAGGCUCUCACGGAUAUCCUGGCCCUGACCUCAGAUCUACCCAGCACGGCACCCUGGGCCGUGAACAGCUUUCUCCAGUCGGAUUCUUCCGACCCCGACGUCACCCCGAACAUGUAUCUCUCCCACCCGGGGAUCUGCGCAACCGCAAUUAUCCCCCUCGCGCUACCCCUGGUGUAUGCCAUGGUAGCCGCCUUCUGGAUCGCACGCAUGCUAGGCUCCCCCUGGCACCCGAUGGCCUCCUACAGCGGCGCCUCCUCGCCGGUCUUCCUGGCGCUGUCGCCGCAGGAUGCUAUCGAUGCUGCCGAGGCGCCCUAUCGCCAAGCUGGCGGCGGGAGACCCAAAUGGGGUUCCUCUGCUUCGCGACUUGGGCGUGACAGCGUCGCUUGCACCGAAAUUGAUGGUUGGGGUUAUGGCGGUGUUGUGGGCAGACCUGUUGUCGAGGCUGAUCGGCUGCGGAGGAGGAAGCGAGGUGCCGUGGACCUUACUCGCGAAGAGCGGGAGAAGUUUGAGGAGCUUGGCCGUCAGUGUUGGAAGCAGAUGGAGGAGUUGAGGGUGAAGUGGGAGGCCAUCCUGGAUCGCGCCGAGGAGCGGCGUCAAGCUUGA